AUGAAAAUACUUGGAACAGCCGUGUUCGCGUGGGCUUUGCUCUUUUUCAUACUUGCAACCACAUUUAUCGGCAUGCAGGCAGACAAACAAGAAGCGAUCCGCAUACAAUGCAAAACUCCAGCGCCCUCAAGCUCCGCCCAGGACAGUGAGUACAAAACCGUGUGCUUUUUGUACGACAAAAACAGCCCGCACCCGAACCCGGAGCCUUUGGGCUUUUUAUACGAAACAGCCAGCACCAUAAAAACAAAUCCCAACGAGAACUGCACAAAAAUAUCCGGAGAAAUCGUAGACGGUGCUGGCUUGAGAAAGCUGGUGAGUCCGAACAGCCACCGAUUCUUCUGCUUGUUCAGUGAGAAAAUCGUGAAGCAAUUUUCAAGCCUAGGAAUGGCCGAGCUGUCGUGCAGCAUAACAAGGGAGUCGUAUGUAAACACUCUGAAGAGCGUAAUCCCCGACAUUUUGCUGGAAACCAAGCCUGGAGACCCUCCCAUAGCGGCCAAGUAUGCAAUGGUUCCCAAAGAGUAUGCAUACGAGACGCUCAAGCUGACGUCUCAAGCCUGUCUGGAUGACAGCGAGUACUUUGGCUCUAUGGUAAACCUUAUAGACGAGCUGUGCGAAAACAUGGACACACACCACAACAGGACGGCUGCUGAGCAGCUUCAAUGCGUUGCAGCCAUCCCGCUGGUGUACGAGGCAUUCAGAGAAAACAUAUUUAACAAGGUUUUGCUGGUAAGCUCCAAGUACAAGAGCGAGCUGCGCACGCUGGAAAGCAUGUCCGACAGAACCUCCGCACAGAUAUCUGCGAUAAAACUUAGAAUAGAGACCUAUGCGUUUCUUCGGAUUUUUGAGGUGCUGAACACCGUUUUCGACAUCAUAGGCAAAAUUUCCAUGGACAUACUUCCCCAAGGACGCAUGACUUUUUUUGACACUGCAAGCCAACAAAGAGUUUUCCGAAGUGCCGUUCAAAACCUCAUAGACCCUGCUUCGCCAAAUAGCAUUCUUAUAUACCCGCUGGAAAAAAGAAAUUGGGCGAUUAGACUUCUAAUCUCUAGGAAAAUGCUAGCCAAAGAGAUGGACAUGGUUGUGGAGUCGCCAAUGGAUAGCAUAAAAGAGGACAUUGCGCUGAUGGACACCGUGCUUGCCGGCCUAAAAAAGAAGCUGGGCGAAAGCCAGGUGACCAUGGAAUUGUGCCAGGGGCUGGAUGAGCUGGCCGAUAUGGCUCCCAUUUUCAACGGCCUGGCAGAGCUGCGGUCAAAAAUGAACGAAUACCGCGCGAGCAGCAUUAAGAUGGCGGGCCGGUACAGUAGGAUGGCGUCCAGCGCGUGCCCGGAAAACAAGACUUGCACCACAAAUCAGAGCGCAGACUUGGAAAUAGUAAAGGCGCAAAAGAAACUGUACGAAGAGGCGCUGCAUCUCCCCAGCAGCCUGAGCCCCUCCUCGAACCAAGGCGCCUCUUGCCAGAAAAUGGACCCAGGCAUGGCUGUUUUUUGCGUGUCUAUGUGGGUUCUUUGCUGGUGCUAUCACUCCAUUCCCUAG